AUGAAUGUGGACAAUCAUACAGCUAUCUCGCAAGAUGAUGCAUGGUUUGACUCUGUCAGUGUUCUUGAUUCGGAUGAAGAUGAGGAGGACUUCAUCAGCCUAUCUGAAGCUGAUAACGUAUCAUCAGCGAGUAACAUCCCAAAUGGUCAAGUAGUUCAAUUUGAAUCUUCUUCGUGUAUUGUGGAUGGGAAAGGAAAGUACGAAGAGUACCAUGAGACUUACUUGAAGAUAGAUGGGAGUAAACCGGAGAAGUAUCCUAGUGGUCGUCUCUCUAUUCUCUCCGGAAACAACAAGAAGAAGCUAAUGGACCAUGCAAGCUUCAAAGGCUUAAAGGAACAGAAACGGAACUCUCAAGACAAAACCCUGAGAUCCAGCCUGAGCCGGUUGAUGCCAACCGUUAGUUUCAACGAGAAGACUCUUAACUCGCCAACAUCUCAGAAACGGAAAUCAGCGGUUUAUCGGCUUUCCUUCAAGAGGAGGUCGUGCGACGGCGAGGAAGUUACCGAGCACCGUAAGCUGCUGUACCGUCCGAAAGCUGGAUUCACCAUUCCUUGCUCAGCCAGAGAGAAUCAGUCUAGUGGAAGUUGGUGUGAGAUACCGCCUUCAACUUUUAAACUCCGUGGAGAAACCUAUUUCAAGGACAAAAAGAAAUCACCAGCUCCAAAUCAGUGUCCGUACACUCCUAUUGGCGUUGACUUGUUUGUCUGUCCAAGGAAGAUUGAUCAUAUCGCUCAACACAUCGAGCUUCCAAACAUCAAAGCCGAGGCAAAGCUCCCUGCUCUUCUCGUUGUCAACAUUCAGUUACCAACUUAUCCUGCUGCAAUGUUCCUUGGAGAUAGCGAUGGAGAAGGCAUGAGCAUUGUGCUUUACUUUAAACUGCGAGACAAUUUCGAAAAAGAAACCUCUCAGCAAUAUCAGGACAGCAUCAAGAAACUUGUCAAUGAUGAGAUGGAGAAGGUGAAAGGUUUUGCGAAAGACAACAAUGUUGCUUUCCGUGAAAGGCUUAAGAUCGUGGCUGGACUUGUGAACCCGGAAGAUCUAACUCUAAGCUCGACUGAGAAGAAGCUUGUACAGGCUUACAAUGAAAAACCUGUCCUCUCUCGUCCUCAACACAACUUCUUUAAGGGUCCAAACUACUUUGAGAUUGAUUUGGAUGUGCAUCGAUUCAGCUACAUAUCACGGAAAGGACUUGAAGCAUUCAGAGAUCGACUGAAGAAUGGAACUCUUGAUCUCGGUUUAACCAUCCAGGCUCAAAAACCAGAAGAGCUGCCGGAAGAAGUCUUAUGCUGUCUGAGGCUGAGCAAGAUUGACUUCGUUGACCACGGUCAAAUCCCGAUGCUUCUAAUCCCGGAGGAUGGGGAAACUCUCGUGUAA